GAGACGGGGUAAAAAGACCAACUAACAAAAAAGCGUCGUUUCCUUCAACAGCUCUUCCCCUUCCCCUUCCCCUUUCACCUAACCCCGUCCCCUCCUUUUUCUUCUUCAAACGAAUGUUUUUGCCUACCCCUUACUGUAAACCAGAGCCGCCCUCUUUCUCGCUCGCGUUGUCCCUCACCCAAAACCCGACCCAUGGCAUCCAUCUCCAACGCUUUCUCCCUUUCUCUCCCUUCCAACCGCAUUACCAACUCCUCAUCUGACUUCAACCCCAUCACCUCCGCCCUUUCCCUACGGGUUAAUAAACCCGCCAAGGUUUCUCUAUUCGGUUCGGAUUCCGGUGAGUUCAGUCCGGGACGAGUUGCUGUGUCGAAACCGAGUGGAAUCGGGGGGAGGAUUUGCGCCAAUGCAACUCGGGUGAUGGAUCGACCAGUUGGUGAAAAGAGCUCCGGAGCUCCCACUAUUGUCGAGGUGGAUUUGGGAAAUCGGAGCUACCCAAUCUACAUUGGGUCCGGAUUGCUUGAUCAACCUGAACUUCUUCAAAAGCAUGUUCAUGGGAAGAAAGUUAUUGUGGUAACUAAUACUACAAUUGCUCCUUUAUAUUUGGAUAAAGUCGUUGAGGCCUUAACAAAAGGAAACCCCGCUGUUUCUGUGGAAUAUGUGAUUUUACCUGAUGGAGAGAAGUUCAAAGAUAUGGACACUCUCAUGAAAGUUUUUGACAAGGCCAUUGAGUCGCGAUUGGACAGGAGAUGUACCUUUGUCGCCCUUGGAGGUGGUGUCAUCGGUGACAUGUGUGGGUUCGCUGCUGCCUCUUUUCUUCGCGGUGUUAAUUUUAUUCAGAUUCCUACUACUGUUAUGGCACAGGUGGAUUCUUCGGUUGGGGGAAAAACUGGCAUAAACCAUCCUCUUGGGAAGAACUUGAUUGGUGCUUUCUACCAACCUCAAUGUGUGCUCAUAGACACAGACACAUUGGACACCUUGCCAGAUAGGGAACUGGCAUCAGGUCUUGCGGAGGUUAUAAAAUACGGGCUCAUCAGAGAUGCUGAGUUUUUUGAGUGGCAGGAAAAAGAUAUGGAGAAACUGAUUGCAAGGAAUCCGAAUGCGAUGGCUUAUGCUAUAAAGCGAUCAUGUGAAAAUAAGGCUGAGGUUGUGUCAUUAGAUGAGAAGGAGAGUGGGUUGAGGGAUACACUGAACUUGGGUCAUACAUCUGGUCAUGCAAUAGAAACUGGGUUUGGAUAUGGACAGUGGCUUCAUGGAGAAGCUGUUGCAGCUGGCACGGUCAUGGCUGUUGACAUGUCAUAUCGCCUUGGUUGGAUUGACAGUUCAAUUGUCAAACGAGUUGAUGACAUUUUACUACGCGCUAAGUUACCCACUGCUUCUCCUGAAACCAUGACUGUGGAAAUGUUCAAGUCUGUGAUGGCGGUAGAUAAGAAGGUAGCUGAUGGGCUGCUAAGGCUUAUCCUUCUCAAAGGUCUUCUUGGCAACUGUGUUUUCACAGGUGAGUAUGAUAGAAAGGCCCUGGAUGAUACACUUUCUGCAUUUUGCAAGUCUUAGUUCCAGGUUUUAUUUAUUGCUUUUUUAAGCUUUACACAGUUAUUCUUCAAGAUCCUUGCAUCAUGUAUCCUAAUGUCUUGCUUAGUAUUCUAGGAUUCUUACUUAUUGAGGUCCAUUGCCAAAGGCUUGUACCAAGUUGUAAUGUUAGCAUUUAUGACGAGCCAAUAAAAAUAAAGCACAUAUAUUGAAGGUUA